AUGGCGUCGGCAACAGUUCUAACAGCGCAGCCCAUCUCCCUCGACCGGCUUCGAGUCAGCGAUUCUCCGGCCGCCGAAGACGAGAAUGCAUCACCGCCGGACGUUCGACCGCGCUGGUCGGAUCGAAUUCUAGCUCAAGGCCCCUGGGAUCAGACAGUCACCCCAGACAUGCUCAAAGGAGCAUCCAGCCUGCCGAUGCCCGUCGAGAUCAGCGACGCGGACUCUCUUACGCCUUUCCUCAAUCAUUUAAAGCAUGGCGGCAGCUACGAGACCGCUUCUGAUGCUACAGGGCAGAGUCAGCCGGCAGUCGAGCCUUACUACAACGUUCCGACGUUGGAGUUUGAUAAGGGAGUGCUGUACGAAGACGGUCGGAUGGAUCUGUGCAAGAUGGCUCUUGGUCCGCCAAAUAUCUCGACGCUGAUGCACAGUUUGCGCUCCAACACGUUUGUGCGGCAUUUUCUACUAGGAAAUAACAUCAUCGGCCCAACCGGGGCACAGGCAAUCGCAGAUUUCGUGCAGGAAUUCCCCGACCGCAUUGAUACCUGGUACCUAGCCGGGAAUUGCAUAGACGGACCAUCGUUUGCACGCUUGACAGAUGCACUGGUCAAGUCGCCUGCCGUUACGAAUCUAUGGCUGAAGAGGAAUCCGCUCGGUCCAGGGUCGGCCGAUUCCCUCUUCCGUCUCAUCACACAGACUCCCAACCUCCGGAUACUGGAUCUGGAUCAGACAGAGCUUGGCGAUGCAGGCGUCGCUGCUCUGUUCACUGGACUGGCAGCCUACGUUCCUCCAACCCCGUUGCCAAUGAGAGUCCUGUACCUGUCCGCGACCGGGAUAUCAACUGCCGCCUGCGAGGCAAUUGCCACGUACCUGGCAUCGCCGCAUUGCCCUAUUACCUCUUUGUAUAUGUCCAGCAAUCCGAUCGGCGAUGCAGGAGCAAAAGAGCUUGCCAAUGGCCUGCAACAGAAUAAGUCACUGCAACGUCUUUCCAUGCAAUCAGUUGGCCUAACUGAUGAGGGAGCGGCUGCGCUGAUUUUAUCCCUGCAAGGUCAUCCUGCAUUGGAGACUCUCGAUAUCGGUCAGGCCUAUUCCACACAGGAUUUGAACGCGAGAUUCAAUUACCUAUCUGCGGAAUGCACAAUCAGCGCCCUUUGCUCCCUGGUGACUUCAUCAACGACUCUCUCCUACCUCGCCCUCGGUCCCCAACCCUUUUGCACCACGGCCGCCUUGCCUCUGAUGGCUGCUGCGCAGGAGUCCAAAACAAUCAUGUAUCUGUCCCUCAAACCGCUCAUUCCGUCGAGGUCCACGCCAAAAGACAAUACGCGGUUUGCUAGUGCGGCCAAGGCGCUGCGAACGCAUACCCUGAGCAACAUCCGUACACGCUACAACAAGCCGAGCAUGACUUAUGAAGAGUGGGAGGCUGACCUCAAGCGGUGGUGUGUUAGCAACGAGGUCAGCGUGCGGAAAAUUGACAGCAUGUACCGCAAUUGGGCGGCGCAAAAGGCGCGCAGGGGUGAGGAAGUUUUGUGGAAAUGGUGGGCGGAUGAGGAAAGGGGGGUCCUUGAGGGAGUAAUGCAGGCAUAA